AUGAACACAUCUCAAUCAGCAAUUAAAACGUCAUCAACUAGUGCAAACAACCAUACUUACACGUCGCAUGCUCAACCCCUCUCCUACCAACAAAAGAAGCGAUUAAAACUGGCCAUAUAUAAAAGUAAAUUUCGUCAUCCCUUAGGUUAUGAGAGCAAAACCAUAACGACAAGACAGCCUGCUUCUUCAGAAAUCUGCACUUCGAGACCUAUACAGCAUUCAUCUCCGCCAAAAAGUAGUUCUACUAGAUCAUAUUCAUGGCAACACCAUCACACAUCGUAUUCAAACAAUUCCGAUCAUCAAAGACCAGCCUCACUUCCACCCAUUGUAAAAAACAAAUCAGCAUGCUCUCACCAUCCAACGAAUCCUAAGGCCACCAAAGAAAAACUGAGACCGAUCAGUGCAAAACAAAGGAAAGAAUGGAAUUCUAACUUUGCAAAUUCCGGAUCAGAGAGUGGUGUCAUUCAACAACAUCCAAAAUUGUCCAAGAAAGAACGGAGAGAAAUUGAUCUUUUAUUUGCUCAUCAGCAUAUGGCUUAUUUGAAAGCCUCGAACAUUAUCGCAUCUUUAGAAAAUCCAGAGUUGAAGUUGGAACCGAGAUACUCUUUCACGACAAUGGAAAAUAACAAUCCUACUCAUGAAUACAUUGAGGACGAUUUUGAAGAGGAAAUCAUUGACUGGUAUCACUUUAAUAUUGAAAGACUAACCAAUCAAUACAUGCACAUACCAGAUUUUCCAACUGCAAAAUGUUAUCUUCGAAAGCUUUGGGAUGAAUUAGCCAUCCCUCUGUCGUACCAAGGUGAAUUUGAAAUUGAUCAUUUCCAAAGCGAUAGCAUCACCAACCGAACGUUUUUAUUCUCUGAAAUUACCACCAUAGAAUCAUUUAGAGAUCGUUUAAGGGUGGCUUUAAUUUGGCUUCAUGGAAAGAGUGAGCAAGAAAUUGAGGAAAAUGUCAGCACAUGGACAAGAAUUGUUGAAACAUUUCGAGAAGACUAUCAAUAUCUGUACAAAACGACAUGUUUUUUGUAUAACAAUAGAAAUUUGUUUGCAUUGGUUCCUCAGUCGACUACGAUACACGACAGCUUGUACAACAAUCAAUGA